CAGUAAAAAGAAUUCUGCUGACAUGGAAGUUAUUUUUGUUGUGUAUCGUCCGAAAUUUUGUCUUUUUAAAUUGCCUAAAUGUACAAAAAUCGAUUAAAGUAAAUUUUAUACCAACAAACCCAAUAUAUGUAUGUAUGUACGUGUAUGAAGAACCGACAGAAACGAAUUAAAUUCCGUAGCAGAUAACAGAAACUGUAAUUAGAAUUUGUAAGAUCGUACAGCUUAGAAGCAUAAGUAGAAAAAUCUUUUGUGAUAACGGAAAGAAAUAGAAAAUGUCCAGUAAUGAAGAAAAUGAGCAGGCCGCCAAUAUCAGUAAUCUGCAGGAAAGCUUUUCCAAGCAACAGAAAAAAAUAUCGGCGCUUAAGGAACUUGUACGUAAGUCAGAAGCGGCACAUGGUAAAUCUACAUCAACGGCACAUGAAAAAGUUAAAAAAAUCGCUCAACGCCUGACACACUUAAAAAAUAAAGCACGCUCUAGACAAAGUUUGCCUGCUGAAACUACCUCCACCACAGUGCAAGAGAAUGUUGGCUCAAAUCUUCCCAAUGAGACGAUUGAUACCGUGCUGGAACAUACCCAUCACCAGCAGCCAACAGCGCGACCGUCACCGCAUUUUUCACAUUCAUUUUCUUAUGUAGAACAAAAUUUCGCGACUGGAUCUGCGCAAAUUGGCCAGACUUCAACACCGCAGGUCACACCAUUGAAGCCACAACAGCGCAGUGAGUCUAGCAAAUCACUUUCAAGCAACGCGAUGCAAGGCAGCGAAAAAGUCCAAUUGCUACGCAAACAAGUUGAACAGAAUAAAUUGUUAAUGGCACAACGGGCUUCAAGUAAGCAGCAUUUAGAACAAAUUGUUUCACAACUAAAGGAAAAAUUCGACACGACACAACAAUGUUUAGAAGAUACUAACGAAUUGGGCAAAUCAAUGAGUGAUCUCAGUGCACUGAUGGUGCGCUCACCCACGUCAAGUGAGCGACACAAAUCGGCCACGGAUUUGUCGUCGCAGCCGUUCUCUUUGGAUAAAGAACGCAUAAAAUACCUUGAUAAUCGCUGCCGCCUACUGGAAAAGCAACUUGAAAAGGAGCGUCAAAUGCAUAGUAAUCAAGAGGCAACAAAUGCUAACGAAUCUGCAAAUAUAAAGCGAGUUAAAGAAUUGGAAAACAAAUUGGUCGAAUUGGAAAAGACACUGCAGGCAAGGCAAACGGAAAUCGAUAGAAAAAUUGGUGAGACGAAAGAUUUAGUAGACGAACUAGAGCGUACACGCGCCGAGGUUAGCGCCAAAGACGAAGAACUAUGUUUGAUGCGAUUAAAACAAGGCGACAACCCAAACGAAUUCACCGAACUAACCGAUUUGGAGAAUAACGAUAUUGAACGUCUCCGUAGCGAAUUAGAGAAUAAGCAUACACGCAUUAAUGAAUUGGAAGAGGUCAAUGAUAUGUUAGAGACAACACGCUGCGAAUUAACAAUUAAAAAUACUCAAUAUGAAGAGCAGUUGCAACAAUUGAAAGCUGAAUUGAAUGAGGCAAAUGCAAGAAUACAAUCGGUGGAAGAACAGCUCAAGGGUAGUCAGGAAAAAUGCGAUUCCUUGGAAGAGGUGCUAGAGAAAUUGCAGAACUCGACAGAAGUUGUCAUUGUAGGGGCGAGCAAAAUAGAUGAUAAAACAGCCAGUGUACAGGUUUCCGAGGAAAUGGCGAAGCAAAUACAGGAACUACGUGACGAAUGUGACAAAUUGUUAGAAGAAAAUAAACAGCUGAAGGAGACCAUCACUGAACAGGAAAAGCUGGAAGUGUCUGACGAAAGUAUUGCAAAUAAAAUUGCCGCACUCGAAGCUACUAUUGAGAGCCAACGUGAAGAUCUCAAUGACCGCCAAGCUAAAAUAAGCCAUUUGGAGGAGCAAGUAACGGAAAAAACAAUUGAAUUUAAUGUCUUGAAUGCAAACUUUAAAGUGCUUGAAGAAAAACUGGAAGCUAGCACCAAGAACAAGUCAUUAUUCUCUUCCAGCGGUGCUGAUGUUGGAGAUAACCCCGCACUCGAAGCAGAAAUCCAACAAUUGAAACAGAAACUAGAUGAAUCCAAUAAGGCAAUGAUAAAAUUAAAGCUCAAAUGCAAGCAAACUGAAAAGCAAGUUGAAAAGCUUAAGAAGAGUUCUGACUUACAUGCUGAAAAUGUGCGUUUAGAAUCUUUAAAUGAAGAGUUGCAACAGAAAAUCACCGAAUUGGAAGAUGAGAAAGGACAGUGGCAACUAACGCAAAUAGAUACUAAAAUAGUAAGCCCAGAAAGUGGAGAUGAGCAACAAACACUCCUAUUUGAAAUGGAAGAAAAACUAAAGAUGCAAACAGAGACCAUUCGAUUGCUGGAAGAAGAAAAGUACGAGCAGAAGCAAAGAUUUGACGCAGCUGAAGAGAAACUACGUGAAUUGCACGAACAAAUCAAGCUAAAAGAAGGUGAGGAAAGCGCGCGUGUCAAGUCGGAAAUAUGCGCAACACAAUUCGAUGAGAAAUUGGUAGAACAGAAUCAGCAGUUGCAGCAACUGCAGGAACUUUUAGAAAAGGCACAAGCAGAGGUAGAAGAACAUAAGGAAAAAUUGACGGAUUUAGAGGAACAAAAGCGUGCAUUGGACAAGAAAUUAGAGAGUUAUAUAGUCGAAAAUAUGGAGCUAUUAGAUAAAGUUGAAAAACUCAGCAAAUCAUCCUCCUCAGCCGAAUCAAUCGAAAUCGUUGAGCGGUUAACGCAGCAGGAGCGCACCGAAAUCGACGAAUACAAUAAACGUCUGGAUGGCACUGCCGUCAGUUCUGUAAAUGAAUUAACACAAACUGAGUUAGCGCCCGAGCUGAAUGAUAGUCUGGUCAAAUUGCGUGAAGAAAGCUCUGAACUGAUGAAUAAAAUUGAAUUAUUUACAACAGAGCGACGGGAAGUGCUCGAACGUAUGGAACAUCUGACUGCCGAAAAUCACGAGCUCAUAGAAAAGAUCGAAGAACUAACCCGUGAAAAAGAUGAGAUGGAAACAAAUGUACUGCUAUCUAAUGACGAGAAAAUUAAACUCGAAGAACGUAUCAAAGAACUGAGCAAAGAGAAAGACCAGCUGGCAGUGCAAGUGGCCGAAUUUAAGGUGCAAGGCAACCAGCUCUCACAAGAACUUUCCUCGCUACAAAAAUCCUCCGAAGUGGUAGGUGCGCUCGACAGCAAAGAUGACGCUGCGCUUAUUGAAAAGUGUGAGAAAUGUCUAACGAACCUCAGUCAUGAAUUAGAAAUCUACCGCAGAGCUAACGACAAGAAUGCUAAAUUUAAUGCAUCCAAAAAAUUGGCAAAGGAAGCAAAGAAUGCGCAUACACAGCUGAGUGAGCUGCUGCAAAAGGUCAAAGAGGCGAGCACGGCUGUGGAGACAGUAACGGUUGUGGAGACAGUAGUCGCAGUGACCGCACCCAAUGGCAAGGCUUUGGCUGAAUAUGAACAAUUGACCACACAGAACCGACUGUUGAAGGAGAAAAUCAAGGAUCUACAAGAUGAACUGCGAGGUGCGCGCGAAGCAGAUUCGGCGGAUGAAACCGGAGCAACGGCAACACAAACGGCGACAGUGCCAGCCUUAACCGAGGAUCAAUCAAGCAAAGAAGAGCAUGCCCAGCAAUUGGAAAAGCUCAAGAGCUACGAAGCACAAUGUGAGAAACAGCUAGAAGAGCUGAAGCGUUUUGAAGAGGAGCGCGAAAAGCAGCUGGAAGCGCUUAGAAGCGCUGAGGCGCAACGUAUGGAACAAUUAGACGAUCUAAAGAAAUAUGAAGCGCAGUGUUUGGAGCUGCAAUCAACUGUGGAAGAUCUGCGUUUACAGCUGGUAGAGGCACGCACAGCAGGCGAGGAGCAUCGUGGUCAAAUAUCACAAUUGAAUGAUGAGUUGGCAGUGCUGAGAAAGACUUCUAGCGAUUUGGAUAGCUUGUUUAGCGAAAAGAAUCAAACAUAUGAACAGGAGCUUAACGAGUUGACACGCCUGAGGAAAGAGUUGGAAGGCAAAUGCAAUACAUAUGAAGGCGAAAUGAGUAUAUUACAAACAUUGGUCGCUGAGCAGAAGCAGCAGCUGAUAGAAGCCUACAAAGAGCAUGAGCAUGAACAGAAUAUGAAACUCCUUGAGUUACAAGAACGCGAUGAGCAAAUUGUUCAUUUGCGGUCCGAAAUCAAAGAGCUUAAGCACACACUAACCUCUGCCGGCGAUCAGUUGUCGGUAGAUCUACGCAAAGAAUGCGAGAAGCUGCGUGAAUCGCUGAGAAUCAGCAAAAAUUUGGUAACCGAGCAAGUGAAUGAUCUUGCGAAUAAACAAGAAACCAUUGAAACGCUGAAUCAACAAAUAAUUGACCUCUACAACUCAAUGGAAGAGAACGCGAAUAAGAUUAUUGAGAAGGAGGAUGAGAUUGCUAGCUUGAAGGGAUGUGUUGAUAGUAACAACGAAGAGUUGAAACGUCUGCGUAAGGAUAAUGAAGAACAGAAAUCGGUUGUCGACAAACUAUUAUUCGAAUUGCACAGUCAUCGUACCACAAGCGAACAAGUGCCGCUGUUGGAGAGCCAGGUGCAGCGUUUGGUCGAAGAAAACCAGGCUUUGGAGAGAAAUAACAAAGAGCUGGAGAAGCGUAAUAAAGAUCAACUUGAAAAGCUUAAAAAAUAUGCGGCGAAUUUGAAGAAACGCUCCACCCAAUGUCAAGAAUUGGAAGCUAAAGUGCAGGAGCUGGAAAAAGGCAGUUUAGAGGCUAUGCAAACGAAACAACAGGAUGUUAGCCAUGAACAGACGCUGAACGACACAAUCAAACAGCUGGAAAUCCAAAUUGAGGAACUGAAAACGCAGCUGGAAGCAAAAGCCAGCGAAGUAACUGCAGUAAAAGAGGCCGAGGCGAUUUUGAAGAACCAACUAGACCAAUUGGAGCGUAAUUUGGCGGAGAAGAACAACGAAAUCGUGAAGCUGGAGUUUGCCUUAGUCGAUGCACAACCACAGGCCGAUGGUUGGGGCGAUGCUGAACCAAUUGCAGUGCCAAACAAUAUUGACAAUCCAGCAUCAGAGGCGCUGAAAACGCAAUUGGAAGAGAAGACACACAAACUGCAAGAGGCCGAAAGCGAAAUCUACAGCAUGCAAGAGGAAUUAAUACAGGUGCGCGAAAGUGAGCGUGAGAAGAGUUUCGCCAUCAAAGACUUGCAGAAUGCUUUGAAGGAAAAGAGCGAACUAAUUGCAGAAUUGCAAAAGCAAAUACACAGUCACACGCAGGCUGAGGACAUUACACAAACACUUGAGAAUAACUUGCACACUUUCGAGGAACGCUUACAAACACUCACCGAAGAGCUUAAGGCGAAGUCCAUUAAGUUCGAAAAGUCCAAAGCGGUCAUUAAAGAACGCAACAAUCAAAUUCAACGCUUGCAGGCGCAAGUAAAAGACCUCCAAGAUAAACUCUGCGCACGGCCGGAAGAAGAGUACAUUGGACCACCUGUAAGUGUGAGCGUGAAUGCUGCAGAACCACCAACACCAGCACCGACACCAGCACAACCCCAGGUUCCUAAAGAAACCUACGAUGAUUUGGUUGUGGCUUAUGAAAAACUAAGCGAACGCUACAAUGUAGAGCAAGGUACUUUCCAAGCAACCAUAGCACGACUGGAGACACUACACGAUGGCAUACAAGCCAAGUUGCAGGAGAAUAUGUCAUACAUCGAAACACUGGAACAAGAGAAUGCAGCAUACAAAGAGAAGAUCUGCAGACUUGAAGAAGCCAUUGCCACCUACGAAGACCAACGCGCCUCGAUGGAGCGCCGUACAAAUAUUUUGUUCGAGCAAAUGGAGAUACAGCAAACGGAACACGAAGAAACGGAGGAUGAGCUGAUCUGUCGCUUAAACAAACUCUCCCAUCAUGAUGAUAUAAUCGGUAUGCAUCUGCAGAAGGCGCAGACGGAGAGAGAUGAACUAUUGUCUCGCAUAGAAAGUAUGCAGGAGAAGAUUGCACAACUCAUCGAGGUUAAUACUAAAACGGAAAAGGAAUACCAGUUAUAUCGCGAACAGAGUGAGGCGAACAAUGAGGCGGAGACACAACAACUGCUCGACCAACUUAGUGCGGCGCGUACGGAAUUGGGUAACUUACAUACCUCUUACGAUCAAUUGAAAAUAAAAACCGGAGAAUUAGAUGAAAUGGAAAGUGAAUUUAGCGAGCAGUUGAUGGAAAAGAAUUCCGAGAAACGCGCUCUUGCCGAAGAACUUGAGCGCACGCGAGGUCAGUUCAAAGAACUCAGCGACAACUAUGCUAGACUGCACAAAGAGUAUCAAACAUAUCGCGAACAUAGCGAAACGAACAUUGAAAUGGAUACACAAAAGCUACGCGACCAACUCAACACCACGCAAACCGAAAUGGAACGUUUGCGCAACAUUUAUGAUGCCAAACUGGCAGCCAAGACCACUGAGUUGGAUCAGUUGGAGAGUGAACUAAGCGAACAAUUGUCUCAGAUGAACAGUGAGAAGCGUACCAUUGCCGAAAGAUUGGAACGCGCUCAGGAUGAGUGUAAUGCACAAAAGGAUGAAAUUGUGCGCUUGAAGGAGUCACUGAACGCUCUGGAACAGGUCAAACAGGAACUGGAACGUGAGGCAACGUGGCUGCGCCUGCAAAGUGUAGGCAGUCAGCAGGAUCAAAAUGAUAUGCAGGGUUUGCGUAUGCAAAUAAUGCAAGAUAAAACAGAAAUCGAUAAUUUGCGUCACCAAAUCGAAACGCUUGCGGCCAAUCAUGAAGUUGAGUUGCAAGAAUUGCGCACGCAAAUCUCCGAAUUAGACACACUACGCAUGCAGGUUGGCCAGAACCAAACUGACGAUCAAGUUUUCAUCGAAACGGAGAACAAACGUUUGACCGACUUACUUGCCGAAAAGGAAGCAAUCAUCGAGAAUUAUCAGCGUCAAAACUUGCAACUGCAAAUGGCAGCCGCUGCUGCAGCGCAACCACAGGCUGCAUCUCAAAUCGACCCCCUUGCGUUGGCUUUCGGCUCGACUCAGCAAAAUGCUUCGCUUACCUUGCCAUCCGCAAGUCAAGCGGCGAUAGUAGGCGAUGAAAGCAUACGCCUGCAGCGUGAACUGCAAGAAAAGAGCGAAAAGCUAACGCGUCUACAACGUGAGUUGAAUACCCUACAGUCCGAGUUUCAUAGUUUGAGCGAAAGCAACCACGAACUACAACGUCAAUUGACACUGAAGAAUCAAGAAAUCGAAAGUCUACGUGGCAGCAGCAACAAUUAUAUCAAUACGCCCACUGCGGCUGCAGUCUUCGGACAACCACCAUCUCAACAGGACGUCAUUGCCGCGCCGCCACUUUUCUUCUCCAACGAGCAAGCGGCACCAUCGCCGUUCGAUGAAAUUGUGCAAGUUCGUACGGUAGAAAAUCUCGGCAGCGGCGUACGCUGCGCGUUGGAUAGCGCGGCUGGUGGUCAUCCCACAAUGGAGCAGCCAACAAUUGAAGAUCUACAGCGUAACGUAUCUGAUUUGGAGAAGCAUGCGCAAGAGCUGGAAAACAAACUCGCUACGCGCAAUCAACGCGAAGUGGAAAUAGAAGAACGUCUGCGUGAGAAUCAACGAGCGCUCUCUGAAUUGGAACGUCAAUUACCUGAACGCGCCGAAGAGCUCCGAACAGUACAACUAGAGUUGCAAAAGGUUUUGCAUGAAAACUCCGAACUUAAAAUGGCAGACGCAACUGCUCAACGUCAAAUUGGAGAGUUGGGUAAUAGUUUGGCAGCAGCACAAAGUGACCUGCAUCAACGUGACCAACAACUGCGGGCUUUGGAAACACGCUUGCAAGAGAAGCAAGCUAACAACGAGAGCCAGGCGUCCGAUUUGAUGGGCUUGGGACAAUUACAAGGUAACUUAGAACGCUUGCAGGCAAUGCUGCAGCAACGCGACGAUGAGCUGAACCAGCUGCGGCGCGAACUUAACGACGAGAAGACUCUUAAAGAGCGCACCGCUGCGCUGGAGAGUCAAAUUAUACCAGACUCUCUAGCUAAUUUGGAAGUGGGCGGCAAGCCAAAUCCAAUGCCUACACUAGACAUGUUCUUUGGCGGCUCAAAGAGUGGUGCUAACGAAUUUGAGGCCUUUGUCAUACCGCCCAUAUCGAACGAGCCUGUCGUGGAAGCGCCAAUUGUGCCCGAAAAGGCAUACAUUUGCCAACCACAAGGCGAGCAAAUUAUGCAGAGUGACCUGGCGGCGAGUGCAUUUGACUUCUCCGAUUUGGGUGAUGUCUGGGGUACACAGGAAGCUGCCGCGGAACAGGAGCACUUCCGCCAGACAACUACUAGCAAUUUAGGCGCACAGCGGUCUUUGGUGCCGCGCGAACAACAACUGGAAAUACAGUUGAGCGAACAGGCGGAACGUAUUGCUGAACUGCAGCUCGCUGUCGAGCGCUGUGAGCAGCAAAAACAAGAAAUGCAAGUGAAAUCAGGCAAGCUCAUGAAGAAACUGAAAGAAUACAAAACGAAAAUUGACGAGUUACAGAGCAGUGCAAGUAAGAACACGAAAGCUACAGACCCCUCUGCGUCGUUCUUCGAUUUGGACGCCGCCAUACAGGACGAGCUUAAAGCGCAAAUUAAGCAGUUGGAGGAGAGUCUGCUUGAAGAACGCAAACAACACGAACUGCACGGUGUCGAGAAGGAAAAGUUAUUGAAGCGCAUCGAUGUGCUGACGGCCGGUAGUGAGCGUAUGGCCGAGAUGAAGGAACGCCAAGAUAUGGAGGUGCAAAUGUAUCAGGCGAGAAUAAAAGAGUUGCAAGCAAAGGUGAAUAGAUUGGAAGAUUGGGGACCUGAUGCGGAAGCCGGUGAGCGCGUAGCUGAAGAGGGACAACCACAGCAGCAAAUUGGUGCUGUCCCAGUUGCGGUAUCUAACGCCAAUGCCUCCCAACCUCCACACCUACCUACCGCAGCGCCAUCUACCUGGGAAACCGAAAGACAACAACUCAACCAACGCAUCGCAGAGCUCACAGCAGAAAUACAAGACAUCAAUGUCGACCGACAAGAACUCCAAGCAUUGCUGGAAGACGAAAAGACAAAUGUGCAGCGCGCAGAAACAGCGCAAAGGACCAUACAAGAACAGCUAAACGCGCAGGAGACAGCGACUGCUGCAAAUGAGAACGCCGACAAGACGAAGUACAACGAGUUGAAGGCGGAAUAUCAUCAACUGCAAGAGAAGUACAACACACUGCAUGCGGCUUACGAAGUACAAACUGGCGAGUUGAAUUCGCUAAAGGCGCGGGAAGAGCAACUGAAUGCAGCCUUGCAACAAGCACAAGACAGUUUGGCGUCAACUCAAGCGACAAGUGCGGAAGAGAAGCAACUAAAAGCAGUGUUGCUGAAGGCCGAAAGCGAUUUAGCCGAUCGAAACGCUAAGCUUGCGGGGCUUGAGAGCGAUUUGGAGGCAGUGCAAACACAAUUGAUGGAAUUGCAAACAAAGAAUGCUGAAUUGCUGCAAGCCAACGAAGAGUUGCAGCGCGCGAAUGCAAUGAUGUCCACGUUAGAGCACACAGAAAGAGAACUGCGUAUGCAAAACGGAAGCUUAGAGCAGCGCGUACGGCAGUUGGAGCAGGACUUGGUGAACCAGGCGCAAGCCACAGCAGCUAGUCACAAUGCGGCGCCAAAUACAACAAUAACCAGCAGUGUCGAUGUGGACGAGCUCAAUGCACAACUGCAAGAGAAAGAGUCUGAGAUCAUGCAUUUAAAGCAGCGCAUUGAGGACUUGAUGCGUGAAGACCAAACCGAAAAGUUGGUGCUCGAGAUACUAACGAAGAAUCAAGAGAUACACUUACUGAAACUGCAAGUGAAAAACUUGGAAGAGGAUAAACAAGAGCUGGAGCACAACCUCGCCUUGCAAAUCACCAGCGAAAUGCAGGCGCGUAAGAGCGAGAACGCGGAGAGUGAAACUACAAAGUUGCGCGAGCAAACCCAAGGACUGGAACAGCAGCUGCAGGCUUUACAAAGUGAAAAACGAGAUAUGGAGGAGGAGCUAAAGGUGCUAAACAACCAUGUGAUUCGCAGUCUUGAAAACGAAGACAAGCUGAAGGCCGCCGCGCUGCAGUUGGAUACACAAAGCAUAGAAAUCGCCGAGUUGAGACGUACAAUUGAAGCGCUACGCGCCAACACUGCUUCUACAGCCAUUCCCGUUGCUGCCGCCGCGCCCGCUGACUAUGCCGCCUUGAACGCGCAAUGGGAGGCUAUUGUCGAACAGAAAUGCGGAGAAAUUGCCAAAAUGUGGCGUGAGCAUUUAGAGCAACGCGAAACGGAAUUCAAAAUGACCGAAACACGCCUGCGUGAAGAGAUUGCCGCCGCGCAACGUGCGUACAGCAUGCAAUCGACACACGAACCGGCCACUGGCCAACCGGGCGCUUCCGCUGAAAGCACCGCUACGUCAACGCCCGCCUCCAUAUCAACAACACAAUCGGGCACAUCAUCCGGCGUGGCCUCCAAAGAUGGCACGCCACUACGCCAACGCGUCAUCAAUGACGAUGAGCAUGAAGCGAAUGCCGAUGCGAUAAUUGAGAAAAUGCAAACGGCACUGGAGAGCCAAGAGAUGGAAAUUGUCACGCUGAAAGAGCAGCUAGCCAUACGUUCGGCGGAGUAUGCGCGUCUAGCGGCACAAUAUGAUCCAUUCAAAUUGCAAAAUACUUCCUCGCAUAGCGGCAUCAGCGGCGGCAUGGUUGCGGACGCGCGACGUGCAUCAAAUGCGGCUGGCGGCAAUGAUGCAACAGUUGUGCCGAAAGCUAAAUUUGAUAUGGCGCUUUAUAUGCUGCAUCAACGGGAUAUGCGUUGUGAGGAAAUGACUGUUGAGUUGGUAAAGUUACUGGAAGAGCGCGACACACUACAGUUGAAGCUGUCGAAUACGCUGCGGCAGGUGGAGGCCAUCAAGGCGGCAACGAAUUAUGUUGAACCUCCCAGUUCGCCGGUGGAGCAACCAGCACUUGCGUCAUCAGCAACAAUCGCUACGAGCUCAACACACGCACGCCCAGCUGCGCCCGGUAAUUCAGCCGAUGAAUUGAACCAAAAACUGUCUGAAUUGCAAACUGUCGAUCAUUCCAAGGACAAGGUGAUUAAGGAGGAACGCGAUCAGCGCCUAAGACAAAUGGAAAAUAUACAACAGGAUGUUGCUAAUAUGCCGCCCGCCGCUAUCUCCGAAUUGUUUGGCAGCGAUGCAGCGGAAAGCGGACAAUCUCCCUCAUCUGUGCUGAUAAAUUGGUUGUGGGGUAAUAAGCCAGACGCCGGCAGCUCUGCGCCACAUUAAAAAGCAAUAAAUCUACAAUUGAAGCAAAGAAAAAAACUAACAAUAAUAAUUUAUAGAAAGAAAUGAAAAAAUAAACGGGAACAGUUGAGACAAUACUGCGCACUUCAGCCAAACAAACACUGUUCCAUAAGUAUGGUGUAAACCAUUAAUUUCGAACGUAUUGGCUACGAUUUAAGCCAAUUGCGAUACUGAUGGGGUUAACCAUAAUGCGCCUACUAGACAUGCAUACAUAUGUACAUCGGUUGUUAUCUCCUCCAACGUUAUUCCACAAUAUACAAAUAUACAUAUAUAUAUCUAAUAAUACGAUACGAUAAAACGAAGUUUUUUUAAUGUACCUUAUUUCGUUCAGCUAAAAAAUUUAUUUAUACCAAAACUGCUUUAAUUUAUUGUAAAUAAUGCAGGCAAAAACAAAAAAAAAUACAUAUAUUAACGAUGCAGUUAUGUGUGUGGUUUUCCUGUAAUAUUAAUUGAAUAAUUCAAAACAAAAAGUAUAUGAAACUAACUAUCAUUCUUAAUUAUUUAGUGAAAAAUGUAUGAAUAUGUAGUUGUUAAAAAAGAGAAAUAAUUCAAAACUGUGUUUAGAAAAUUAUGGGAAUUGUAAUGAAUGAUGCUGAAAAAA